UCAUUGUCAUGAUCUAUCGGCUCGAUUAUUCCUUUUCUUACACUCCCAUUCUCUCGACAAUAUUGGUCCUCUGUGUGAACAUUGACGUUUAUGGAGAUGUGUUUCUGGCAGACUGAGACGACGACCUAUCCCGUCAAGAGUCUUCUGACGGGUUUCAUGGAACAUGCUUAGCCGUUUGCACAGGAUGGCGCAUGACCUUUGCAGAUUCCUUUCCUCACUCCACCGCCUGUGUCUUAUCUGCUGUGGAACCGUGUCUCAUGGGUUGGGUCUGCAUGUCUGGGUGUUUGACGUCGGAUAUCCACAGAGUAAAGCCCCCGACCCCCUUACUUCUCGCCACCGUGAGACUCCGGUUGGCACACGUGUGUUCUGGCUUUGAUUGUCGCGGACCGAUGCAGGAUGUCGACAGGCGCAGGGCCUCGACAGAGACAAUGUUUCAUAUACGUUCCGUUUUGCCGGUUGAAUCUAGUGUUGCCUGUUCUGUUUAUAUGUGUUUUAGCAGCGGGUUGUUAUGGGUUAAGAUAGCAUUUUCGAUGCCUUUUUUAUUUCUCAGCUUUAUUUUUCUAUUUUUACUUCUCUUAUCUUUAUUCUCUUUUCUAUUUCCCCUUGCAGCUUUUUUCUUCGUUUUCAUCUGCUUUGCUUUCUUUCUGUUGCAUUUGCAUCUUGGAUUGACUGUGCCAAUGACCGAUAGGUUUAAGCACAUCAAUGAAUGGCGUAAAUUAUACAGAGCAGCACGUUUGGUUUCUGAAUUCAACCUAGCCGGCGAUGUUUUAUAUGUAAUCAAUAGACGAGAUAUUCCUCCAACUACCGAGUAAUCAGCGUAGAUGGAUAACGAGGCUGGCAGCGUAGACUGUAUACACCGUUCAAUCAAGUACCGCAUAGACUACAAACAGUAGACACCAACUUCUCGUCUACCUUCUGCAGUAGUUGAGGAUAUCAUAUUCUGGAGAA